CUGAGGUUGGCUCCUACUUCUCUGCUCCGUGAAGUUACUGUUUGUAUUCCACUUUCUGAAAUUUUUCGCUCGAUCUCUACUUCCUCGUGGGUGCUUCUCGGAUGUGGAACUUGGUGCCUGAAGAUAGAAUUGUUGCGCGCCUUCCAUAUAUACAAUAAAACAGUGGCUACGUGCUCUACUGAAGGUGAUGUUGCUGUUUUCUCUGUGAUCAUUGCAUGCAUCGGACCUUCGUGGAUUCAUACAUACACGUUCACAACAGGCCAAUUUUCCCCGAUGAGACUGGUGGUUGGGGGAUCUCGAUAAUGCAACAUAGGAUAAGAGAAGAAAAGGAAAAAGAAAAGAAAAGAAAAAACUUCCAGCACUCUCUGGCUCGUCCACAAGUCCUCGAUAUUCCCAUCUCUUUCCUCAUUAUCAAAAAGAAAAAAGAAAUUCCAGUACUCUCUGGCUCGUCCGCAAGCCCUCGAGAUUCCCAUCUCUUUUCUCAUUAUCAAAGUCGAUCAGUGUACAAAUCUCCUGAAGAUGGAGAGGAGGCACUCAUCAAAUGGAACAAGGGCGUUGACCACCGAUGGUGGUGAGGUGAAGUCGAUGGUGGGGGCUGAAUUCGAGGUAUUCUUGAAUUUUAGAGGUCCCGAUACUCGACAGAAUUUUGCUGACUGUCUCUAUCACUCAAUGGACGGAGCUGGGAUUUGUGUUUUCAGAGACAAGGAAGAGAUCAAAAGAGGGGAAACGAUUGGAGGUGAACUGGAGCGCGUAAUCAAGAGUUCCACAAUUUAUCCAGACGAUGUCAAGCUCAAAACGGGACUAUAUCUCGACGCGUUGCAUAAGCACGAGCAGAAAUUUGGCUGUGAUGUUGUGCACCGAUGGAAGGAGGCGCUGAGAGAGGUCGCUCAUAUCAAAGGAUGGGAUUUGAAAGAAAAGGGAGACCUUGGAAGAGAAAUUGUUCGUCAAGAAGAUAUCAAAGUUCCUGGGAAGCGUAGUAGACUAUGGUGUCCCAAGAUUGGGUUAGACAUAGUGCAGAAUAGAAAGGGAACAGAGAACAUCAUAGCACUCAAGCUAACUGGACUUUCCGAAGAUCACAACUUUACAAGGGAAGAGUUUUCGAGGCUGCCUAACUUAAGUGACAUUCCAGAAAAUUGGAAUGGAUGGAGCCCAUGCUUGGCGAACUGUAACUUGAAAGUAAUACAUCUCAUAAGAUGCCAUCUCUCGACAUUUCCUGACUUCUCGACGUGCUUGGAUUUGAAGAUACUAGUUGUUAAUGAACAUUGUCCAAAGUCCCUACAAUCUGGUAGCUCUAUCAGUAAGCUAGAGCACCUAAAGCGCUUGGAAAUAAUCGCAGACCAAGUUCAGCUGUCAAAGUUGUCCGCAAGCCUCCAUUUUGACAUGUUCUUUGUGCCUUUUGCCAUAUGCGGUCUAAAGCGCUUGUCAAGUCUAAAGUUAGAGGGACAGUGUAUACAGGGGCUUCAUUCAUCUAUUGGAGAGAUCGUGGGCUUGACAAGCUUGUCUUUAAAGGGUUGUCAUCGGCUUAGAAAGCUUCCAGAUUCCAUUGGGAAAUUGAGAUCGUUGCUAAUAUUGAAUUUGUUUGACACAGGAAUCACAGAGUUACCCGAUUCUAUUGGAGAUCUCAAAAAGUUGGAGAAAAUGAACCUGGGAUUCACUAAGAUAAUGGAGCUGCGAAACUCCAUUGGAGGACUAGAAUCAUUGCUCGAGUUACAUUUGCGGGGUACAGAGAUUACUGAACUACCUGCUUCUAUUGGAUUUCUUAAGAGGCUUGAGUGCUUAGUUCUAGCAGAGAGUAAGAUAAGAGAGCUACCGAAGGCCAUAGGGAUGAUGAAGAAUCUUAAAGUAUUGAAAGCUGGCAGUUGUAGAAAUCUUGAGGGUGAAAUCCCAAGUGAAAUCGGGCAAGUAUCCUUUUUGGAGGAGCUGGACUUGUCAGGUAGCAAGCGGAGACUUUGCUUGGCACCCGUGGACAAACUUCAUCCAAGUGGAUGGGGGAGUCACCAAAAGGGGAGGAGUGGAGUCUAA